AUGCAGGACAUGUGGAGUGUCUCGAACCGAUUUGCAGGUUGCUGGCUUCCUUUCAAGCGCAUAUAUACGGGACUGUGCCCCUCUCAACUCACCACUACCCCUCCGGCUCAUCAAACCAUGGCUCUCUACGGUCUGGUUGCUGCUGCCAUGGCCUUUGCCACGUCGCAGGCGCAUCUCAUCCCGUCGCCUUCUGGCUGCACCACGACCUCCAACAUUACGCAGACCAUGUUUCCGACGCCGCCGUACUGGCCGACGUGCGACUUUGACGGGACGCUGCGCCGGUAUCCCUCGUCCGUGACGGAGACGACGUCGGUCGACUGCGGUGGGUGCGACCACAUUCGCGUGCAGACGGUGCCGCUCGUCUACUGUCCUAACAUGCGCAUCACGGCCACAACCAGCGAGACAACGCCGUCUACUGUGCACAAGACUGUCUGCCUGUCGACGCCUGCGCCAUGA